CUAAUUUUACCGCCUUCAAACAAUAAAAACUUGUAAAUCUAACUGGAAUGAUUUCGCCAACAUAAUAAAACCAAACUUCAUUUGUUUUAUCUCGCUUUAUAUAAAAUUGUAAACACGAGUCAAGUUCAAUGAGUAAUGAAGUUUAAACACCAUCGAAAAAAAAAGUUUCAUCAAUAGUCAGAAAUGUAUGUUUGCGUAAGUACUUUUGCAUGUCUAUUCUAUUCACUUUCAAAUGUUUCGCUAGGCGUGUACCAACCUUGUGUGCCGAGAUUGCAUUGCGUUUGCGUAUUUGUCACAAGACUUAAGAAAAAAGGUAUUUUAAUAAUUUAAUAAUCCUUCCUAUUGGGUUGAUUUUAAGGCAAUAGCAAAGUUAGGGUAGAUUGGUUGUCAGCGGCUUGGCAAUUGAUGUUAGACGAAGUUAGCAUAGUUCGGUUGCGGUCCAUAUUCUUCUAGGAGGCUAAAAGGUGAGAUGGGUAAACUCGACCUUAUUCAAACUCUGAGUGGACACGAAGGUCGUGUUUGGAAUGUUUGUUGGCACCCUCAAGGAAAUGCUUUAGCUUCCUGUGGAGAAGACAAAACUAUUCGUCUCUGGUUUAAAGAAGGCUCGAAAUGGGUCAACAAAGAUAUCUUGACAGAAGGACAUCAACGUACAAUAAGGGAAGUUGCAUGGUCUUCAUGCGGGAAUUAUUUAGCAUCUGCAAGUUUUGAUGCUACAACUGGUAUAUGGGACAAGAAAGGAGGACAGUUUGAUUGUAUUUCUUCUUUAGAAGGACAUGAAAAUGAGGUUAAAAGCGUGGCAUGGUCCAAAUCUGGUCAGUUGUUGUCCACAUGUAGUCGUGAUAAAAGUGUGUGGAUAUGGGAAGUUAUAGAAGAUGAAUAUGAAUGUGCUGCAGUACUUAAUGCCCACACUCAAGAUGUGAAGAAGGUUGUGUGGCAUCCUCAUCUUGAUAUAUUGGCAUCUGCUAGUUACGAUAAUACAGCAAAACUUUUCAAAGAAGACGUUGCGGAUAAUGAUUGGAUAUGUAUUGCAACUUUAUCUUCUCACACAUCUACUGUGUGGAGUUUGGCUUUUGAUCAUUCAGGGACUCGGCUUGCUACUUGUAGCGAUGACUGCACUGUUAAAAUUUGGCAGGAAUACCUUUCUAAUAAUUCUGAAGGAAUAGUUACUCCUGAUAAUAAUCCAGUUUGGAAGUGUGUGUGCACUCUAUCUGGCUACCAUACACGAGCUAUCUAUGACAUUUCAUGGUGUCACAAAACACAUUUACUUGCUACUGCAUGUGGAGAUGAUGCAAUUCGAAUAUUUAAAGAAGCUGAAGACUCUGAGAAACACACGCCUACAUUCAUACUGUUGGCUACCUGCGCAAAUGCCCACACUCAAGAUGUAAAUGCUGUAGCAUGGAAUCCUUCAGUACCUGGCUUGUUAGCAUCUGCAAGUGAUGAUGGAGAAGUCAAACUGUGGCAGUAUGAAGAUAAUUAACAUUGACAGCUUUUGUAUUGUGAUGUCAUAAGUGCAAAUGUGAUAUGUUAUGUUAUGUGAAGAAAUUGUUUGAAGAUCAAAGUAAAUUUUCUUCUGAUGCAGUCUUUAUUUUUUAAAGUUCAUAGAUUUUUGGCAAAAAUUGAAAGAGAACCACUUGUUUUUUGGGGUUAUAAGUAUCUGGAAAGUUUGGGUUUAGUCUACAGAAAUUGCCAUUCACGGCAGCUUUCAACUGUUUAUUUACCUGAAAAUAUGUCUCAAGAAGGCUCUGGGUUGUCUUUGAAAGAAGUUCUUGAGAAGCUGAAAAACAUUGCUCCUUUAACACUAGCUGAAAGCUGGGAUAAUGUCGGAUUGCUUGUUGAGCCUUCAACCCCCAAGCAUGUGAAGAAAAUAUUUUUGACUAAUGAUCUAACGGAAAGUGUACUGAAUGAAGCCCUUCUUUGUCAAGCAGAUUGCAUUCUUUCAUAUCACCCUCCUAUUUUUGUUCCUCUCAAAUCUUUGACAUCUAGAACUUGGAAGGAACGAGUGAUAGUAAAAUGCAUAGAAAAUAGGAUUGCUGUUUUUUCUCCUCAUACAAGUUAUGAUUCUGUGCAAGGGGGUGUAACUGAUUGGAUGGCUUCAGCCUUUGGCUCAGACUCUGAGGUGGCCCCAUUAACUCUUGCUAAAGCACAUGGAAUUCAUACUCACAUGAUUGAAAUUGCAUUUCCUAAUUCGGCUGCUGGUAAAUCUACAAUUACUGAGUUCCAGACACGAUUACAUGAGAUACCUCAACUUCAUUGUGGGGCUGGGAGGCUGUGCACUUUGAAACGGCCAAUUACUGUAAGCAAAGUAGUGGAGUUAGUGAAGUUGCAUAUAAAGCUUCCCCAUGUUCGUUUGGCUCUCAUUCCCGGGAAGGAUAUGGAUGCUCUUGUCCACACUAUUGCCAUCUGUGUGGGUUCAGGAUCUUCUGUCCUGCGAGGUGUGAAAGCUGACCUGUACCUCACGGGUGAAAUGCUACACCAUGAUGUUCUUGAUGCUGUUCACAAUGGCAGUCAUGUGAUUUUAUGCAAUCAUAGUGAUUCUGAACGCGGAUUUCUCUCUACUUUAGCUGUUAAGCUUGGUAAUGAAUUCCAGCAAGCAGUGCAAGUGAUACUUUCAAGAGAAGAUAAAGAUCCUUUGGUUACCGUGUGAAUCCACGUUCUUUUCAAUAUCAGAGAAAUUUGUACAAAAAGGUAAUUGUGAGUCACAUUUGAUAAACAGUCUUUGUUGGAGUUAAAAAAGGAAAGGUUUUUAGUUCAGUUAAAAAAAUAUGUUCAUUAUUCUGGAAACUAAGUAUUUUCUUUCAGUUCAGUACUGUCUCUGUCCUUUGGUUUUAUUUGUAUUAGUAAGGAAAUAAUGCACAUUUAGAAUUCUUGUCAUUCUUUGUGAAAUCUUAUCAUUGUUUUCUGUACCUUUGGCUUUGCAAAAGAGAUACUGAAUGAAAAAUGAAAAUAAAAAUAACGAGCAAGAUCUCUCACAUGUUAAAUCCUACCCUCUUCCCUAUCCUUCCAUUUCCAUAUUAAGGGAAAAAGUGAUUAACAAAAUGUUUCUUUAUUUAAAAACUGUGUAACAGAAACUUAAAAUGUACUUGCAGAAUAUCAAAUCAAAAUUUAAAAAAAAAGCAAUUGAUG